GCUCGUCGCCGUCUUGCCGCUAGCUUGUCUCACCUCGCGGCCGGCAGCCUUGCACGACGCGCCGCGCUAUUUCACAUUCAAAAUUAUUCGCAACCAUUGCAAAAACUCUCUGUGCAAUAAAAAUAACAUACAAUUCGCUCCGGUCGCAAUAAUUUAGAAGAGCAGAGAGAUUUAUUAAAACUAUUUUUUUAUACUUGUUUUUGAAAGUUUGAAUGCACUCCUCGUUGCAUGUCCCGCGCGCGUCGUUAUGAGAACCCCGUAUUGGCGGUCACGUUGACGUCGCGUUGUGCCGCCAUAUCUGUCUCGGCCACCAACUAGCAAAAUUAUAGGCUCAAAUAUUGUCACAUUCCUAAUAAUGCAAUAAGUCAACAAUUCGUUUUUUAAAUUUUGACAAUUCCCGGAUGGAAUGAGGAGUGCACAGUCUCAUUGUUCAUAGUUUCUUAUGUUUGAACAUCAUUUGUUUUUUGUUUUUCAAACCGUUAAAAAGUUGACUUUUUCCUAAAUUAACAAAAUUAUAACAAGAAUGGCAGAGGGAAAUGGUGAAUUAUCUAUAGAAGAUGUGCCUGGCAAGGAUUCAGACGUUGGCCGAACACCGGAUUACCGCAAACUUAUAGAAUAUGGAUUAGACCCUAAAGUAGCAGCCAAGUUAGAUGAUAUUUAUAAGACUGGAAAGCUAGCGCACGUGGAGUUGGAUGAGCGUGCGCUAGAUGCCUUAAAAGAAUUUCCAUCCGACGGUGCUUUAAGUGUUCUUGGACAUUUUUUAGAUUCAAAUCUUGAGCAUGUAUCUAAUAAAAGUGCUUAUUUAUGUGGAGUCAUGAAGACCUAUAGACAGAAAAGCAGGGCUGGCGUGCAGGGCGCGCCCGCGCUGCCCUCCGUCCAGGUGAAGGGCCCCGACGAAGAGAAGAUCAAACAGAUCUUGGCGAGAACUGGAUACACGCUGGACGUGACCACAGGUCAGCGCAAGUACGGCGGGCCGCCGCCCGGCUGGGAGGGCGGCACGCCGGGCGCCGGCUGCGAGGUGUUCUGCGGCAAGAUCCCCAAGGACAUGUACGAGGACGAGCUCAUUCCGCUGUUCGAGCGCUGCGGCACCAUCUGGGACCUGCGCCUCAUGAUGGACCCCAUGACGGCCACCAACCGCGGCUACGCCUUCGUCACCUUCACCACGCGUGAGGCGACGCAGCGCGCCGUGCAGGAGCUCGAUAAUCACGAAAUAAAACCUGGGAAGACUCUGAGAAUUAAGAUUAGCGUACCGAAUCUGCGACUUUUCGUCGGCAACAUUCCCAAGUCUAAAGGCAAAGAGGAGAUACUGGAAGAGUUUGGUAAAUUAACAGCCGGACUCGUCGAGGUUAUAAUAUAUAGUUCGCCCGAUGACAAGAAGAAAAAUAGAGGGUUUUGUUUUUUGGAAUACGAAUCCCACAAAGCCGCGUCGUUGGCCAAGCGCAGACUCGGAACCGGCAGGAUAAAGGUGUGGGGCUGUGAUAUAAUAGUGGACUGGGCCGACCCUCAAGAAGAACCUGACGAACAGACCAUGAGCAAAGUGAAAGUCCUUUACGUGCGGAACCUAACGCAAGACAUAUCGGAGGAGGCGCUGAAGGCGGAGUUCGAGCAGUUCGGCCACGUGGAGCGAGUUAAAAAGAUCAAGGACUACGCGUUUGUACAUUUCGACGACCGGGACUGUGCUGUUAAGGCGAUGCACGAGCUGGACGGCAAGGAGCUGGGCGGAUCGCGGCUGGAGGUGUCGCUCGCCAAGCCGCCGUCGGACAAGAAGAAGAAGGAAGAGAUACUGCGCGCGCGCGAGCGCCGCAUGACGCAGAUGAUAUACGGCCGGGCCGGAUUUGAUUGGUGCAGCUGCUCGCCGGUGCACGGCGCGCUGCGGGGCCGCACGCCGCAGCCGCAGCCGCGCCCGCCGCAGGCCCGCGGCGACUACGAUUAUGAUUACGACUAUUACGGGUACGGGGAUUACCGAGGUGGCUACAAUGAGCCAUUUUACCGGUACGAUGAGUUCUAUUUUGAUUACGCGGGACCACCGCAACCGUCCGCCGUCCGCCAGACUCCCAACAGAGCGCAACCGGACGAGGCGGGCGAGGCGGGCGACUCGCCCUACUUCGGUGUAACGGGAGGCAUUCAGGCGGGUGGGUCAUGUGGGACGGGCGCGCGCUGGGCGCGGCGCGGGGCCGCGGCUGGGGCCCGUGGUGGUGCGCGACGCGCCGCUCGUGGCCGCCGCACGCCCAGCGCCAUGCGUGGCAGCCAACGCGUCAAACCAAGUUUACCAGGUAAACGUAAACACGACGGGGGUCACCAGCACGUGGGCACGGAAACGAAGCGGCGCGUGGGCGCGGCGGGCGCGUGGGCGGGCUCGCCGGCCAGCUAGCCAGGCGCGUCGCCGCCCAGCUAGC